AUGGAGAAUUCUGAAAAACUCGUGGAGCACCACAACUCCCAUCGACUUGGACAAGACGACAAGGCUGAGCCUGUCAGCUUCGCAACCCCCCCCCGUAUGCGACGUCUUCACGACCCAGACGUCUCGUUCCAAGAAUACCAACACUAUGCGCGAAUCACUCGUGCGGAACAGGAUGCACUGCCCAGGCCAGCGGGCAAAAAGUCGCUUUUGUAUUAUCUGGUCCCCAAUCUGCAAAAGGUUGAAACGGGACCUGCCGACGUUGCCACUCGCUCUGAUCUGAACACGUCCGACAUUGAGCAGCGCAAGAUUAUUUCCGACGAGGAGUGGACAAACGCCUCGAGGGCCCUGAGAACCGCUGGGACCGGUGCUAUCUUCUACCUCAUCACUACCGAUAUUUUGGGUCCCUUUGGCUUGCCCUAUGCUUUCGCAACGACUGGUUGGGGACCGGGUACCGCUCUGUAUACCGUCUUUGGAUUCAUGGCGGGGUUUUCUGGAUAUCUGCUGUGGGAUUGCUUCAUGGGCCUUGAUUCAUUUCAGUUUCCCAUCAAGUCAUUCGGAGACAUAGGCUUCCGUGUCUACGGAACAUGGUGCCGCUACUUGUUCAACGUCCUUCAGGCCAUCCAGCUUAUCUGCAACGUCGGCGCCAUCAUCAUAUCCAACGGCGAAGCGUUGUCGGAAGCCGUAAAAUUCAAGCUCUGCUAUGCUAUUUGCUGCCUGGUCUGGGCCCUCGCCGGCUUCGUCCUGGGCCAGAUUCGGACCCUGCAAAAGUUCACCUGGCUUGCCAACGUGGCCGUCUUCAUCAACCUGCUCAUCAUGUUCAUCACCAUGGGCGCCGCCGCCCACACGCCGCCUCUCUACUCUGCGUCCGCCUCGUCGGCGGGCUAUUCCAUCGAUCCGGCACUCGUCACCCCCGUCAACGGAACGUACCCCCCCGUCCAGCACAGCGCGGCCCUGCCUGACUCUGGCAACUUUGCGGCCUCGCUCAACGGCGCCAUGCAAGCCGUGUACUCGUACGGCGGAUCCAUGAUCUUUCCCGAGUUCAUGGCCGAAAUGAGGCGCCCCAGAGACUUUCUCAAGGGCAUGUGGUCUGCCCAGCUCUUCAUCUACAUCUGCUACAUGCUAUACGGGCUCUUCAUGUACGGCUUCCAGGGCCAGUACGUGCAGACGCCUGCAUAUCUGGGAAUAUCUGCGUACGGCUUGCAAACAGCAGGCAACUCCCUGGCCAUUGUAUCCGCUCUGAUUGCGGCUACGCUCUACGGCAAUAUUGGUAUCAAAGUGCUCUAUAACAACAUUCUUGUCGAAUUCUUCAAGGCCCCGCCGCUGGAAAGCAAGCACGGUCGAUAUAUCUGGUUUGCUCUCGUCCCAAUCUACUGGUCUAUGGCCUAUGUAAUCGGAGCAGCGAUUCCCGAUUUCGCCGGCUUCACCGGCAUCGUCGCCGCCGUCUGCAUCUUGCAGUUUACGUACUCGUUCCCGCCGCUUUUGCACAUAGGCUAUCAGAUCCAAAAGUCCGCCAUGGAGGGAGAAGCCGGGUUCGACCCAAGCACCGGCGAGCUGGCGGCGCGCGAUGGCGGAAUCAGGCGCUGGGUGCGCGGCUUCUUCGGUGCCCGUUGGUACCUCAACGUCUUCAAUCUGCUGUAUUUCCUCGGUGCCAUGGCCUUGUGUGCCCUCGGCAUAUAUUCUUCCGUCAUGAACCUGAUCCAGAUCUAUGCGGUUCCUCAGCUGAAUGCUUUUGGCUGCAAGUCUCCGCUGGACGUUUCGGCAUAA